AUGCGAAGUGCUGCCUUUUAUAUAUCCAACAUUGUCCUAGAAUAUGAUGAUUCUGUGACUGCAACAAUGAAAGGGCUUAGAACCGAUUUUGAGAAAAUUCCAAACGAUCUUGUAAGACUCAACCUUUCACAUAACAACUUCAUUGGUCCUAUUCCCCGCUCUCUGGAAAAUUUGAUAAACCUUGAAUCGCUGGACCUUUCUUCAAAUAUGCUUGAUGGAGAAAUUCCUGCUGAGUUGACCAAUAUGAACUUUCUUGCAUCCUUGAAUCUUUCCAACAAUCAUCUUGAGGGAUCAAUACCUCGAGGAAAACAGUCUGAUACAUUUUCAAACGAUUCCUAUGAGGGAAACAUAGGGCUAUGUGGAUUGCCAUUGUCGAUUCAAUGCAACAACAAUGUCCCUUUGCAACAAUAUCCAUCUUCUGAGGCUGAGGACAAAUUUGGAUUUGGUUGGAAACCAGUGGCAAUAGGAUAUGCUGUGGAAUGGUGUUUGGAAUUGGCUUGA